AUGCCUUAUGAAAGCAGGUUGAGGGAACUCGGCCUUUUCUCCUUGGAGCGACGGAGGAUGAGGGGGGACCUGAUAGAGGUGUAUAAGAUGAUGAGAGGUAUUGAUCGGGUAGAUAGUCAGAGGCUGAAACGGUGGCCACAAGAGGACAUAGGUUUAAGGUGCUGGGGAGUAGGUACAGAGGAGAUGUCAGGGGUAAGUUUUUUACUCAGAGAGUGGUGAGUGUGUGGAAUGGGCUGCCGGCAACGGUGGUGGAGGCGGAUACGAUAGGGUCUUUCAAGAGACUGUUGGAUAGGUACAUGGAGCUGAGAAAAAUAGAGGGCUAUGGGUAAGCCUAGUAAUUUCUAGGGUAGGGACAUGUUCGGCACAGCUUUGUGGGCUGAAGGGCCUGAAUUGUGCUGCAGGUUUUCUAUGUUUCUAUGUUCUAUGUUUCUAAGUAGUGGAGGCCCCAGCUCCGACCUCUGUCACACCCACUGGUUACUGCUCCCUCACCAGCACAUGCCGCACCUCUCCUGCCUGAUCUCCUUCCCCGUGACUCAGUUCCCGACACUUACUGAUAUUCCCCACAGCCCGGCCUCACCUUGUGCAGCCCGUACGGCAGCCCCUGCACAGGUCCACUGCACAUCGACGCUCCCCUUGACCCUGCAACUGAUUGCUGCAACGUGAUUCUCUGGUGUCUGUCCCAGUGAAGUGUUCCGGCGUUCCCCACUGGCAGGUCUGUCCCGGUGAAGUGUUCCGGCGUUCCCCACUGACAGGACCGCCUCAGGCUCGGAGUGUGAAGGUGAUGUUUCACCAGCCCCGGCUUGCCCUGCCUGCCGUGUUGGGUCAUCGAACAGCCUCUGAUCAGACGACGUAAAUGGUACAGAGGAAGUUGUGUAAGGCGAUCGGGCCGUAUUCUGCAGAGCUACAAACAAUAAAAGGAGACAAGAGGUUCUGCCCGUGCUGGAAUCUGGAGCAACACACAAAGUGCAGGAGGAACUCAGCAGGCGUCACCAUGGCGACGGCAGAGGACGGUGUGCUGGCCUCCAUGCAGGGCGCCCUGCUGAGGCACACCAAGGCAGAGGAGCUGCGGCGGGACAGCCAGCUGCUGAUGCAGCCCUACGCCAACUGGGAGGAGUUCCUGACGCCAGCGCCCACCGCCAUCGCCAUCCUGGGCCAGCUGAUCACCAUCUCGUCGGCCAGAGACUUCCCGGUCAACGGGCACUGCCCCGAGCGCCGCUUCCAGCACAUCAAGUACCCCGAGUCCUUCCGCGCCUGCCUGAUGCAGGUCAGCAACCAGGGCUGGCGCACCUUCAACCUGGCCCACAAGAACAUGGACCAGAUCCGGCUGCACUCCCAGAGCGUGCCCGAGCACACGCGGGCCGCCGUCCGCACCCUCCUCCAGGGAGACCGCCAGAUGUUGGCCGGCCUCCUGCCCCGGCAGCUGGGCAGCAUCCGCACCGUGGCCCAGGAGUGCGGCCAGCUGGCCGGAGAGGUGGAGGGAGCCUUCCUGGCGAUCACCGACCUCCUCCACGAGCUGCUGGAGGCCUGCACCAGCGCCGAGGGGGCGUUCGAGACGGAGGCAGAGGGGGCGAGGCGAGCCCUGGAGGAGGCGGAGAGGAGGAGAGCCACGGUGGAGGCGGAGAGGACGCGGGCAGAGGAGUACUUCACCCGGAUGACGCGGGAGGUGGACGAGGCCCAGCACAGCUACCGGAGUGCAGUGGAGAGGGCGCCCAGCGAGUGGGGCGUGGUGGGGAUGCUGGCCGUGGAGAACUCCAUCAACGCGCUGGGCAGCCUGGUGUCAGGCUUCAUGUCGGUGGUGACGGCAGAUCCCGUCAGCCUGUCCACCACCGUGGUGGAGUCCUUGGCCAACGUGGGCAAUGCCAUUGCCGAGAAGGUUCGGAGCAAGGAGCCGGCCGCCGUCCCACACACCCCGACCCACAGCCCCCUCAGCAGCCACCUCCUCUCCUCCUGCACCCAGCUGAUGGUGGCUGCCGUGAAGCUGCAGGAGCUGCUGACCUCCAAGGGCAGGCUCAGCCCCACCACCCCGCUGGGACAGGUCACCGGCCAGGCUCACCGCAUCUUCCAGAGGGUGCAGGAGGAGCUGGAUCAGGAGGAGGAGGAGGAGGAGGAGGGCAGCCCCCGGCAGGCUGCCCUUGCCCUCUGCCACAGGGGGCUGGGACUGUGCCAGCAGCUGGAGAAGGUGGGCCAGAGCCCCAGCCCCAGCGAGGAGCAGCUGGAGAGGGCGGCCACCCGCAUUGCCGAUCUCUACGGCAAGGUGCUGAAGUUCAGCGCCGGGUGCGCGGCCUCGGGCUCCCCGCUGCUCCCCCCCAGUGCGCCCAACCUGUCGCGGGCGACCAAGACCCAGGACCCUGAGGACAAGAGCCUGGUGCAGACGCUGGUGACCCAGGCCCGGCUGCGGGUGGAGAACGCCAAGGCCCAGCUGGAGAGCACCCGCCGGGAGUACCAGAGGAGCUUCGAGGGGCUGAAGCAGAGCAACAGGGAGCUGGAGGAGAUCGUGCGGCGGAUGGCACAGUGCCAGGUCACCGAGGUGGACUUCGGCACCACCCUGAAGAUGCUGGCGCAGGGCAUGGAGGCGCUGGGCAGGGUGAGGGAGCAGUGGACCAAGAUGAUCCGCUUCUUCGAGAUGGUCUCCAACCUGAUCCACAUCUGCCUGAGCAAGUCCCUGCAGAUGUUUGCGGAUCAGAGUGAGGACGCGCAGCAGCUGCAGAACUACAGCCAGCAGCAGCUGGUGCGGGACCUGAUCUACACCCAGGCCUUCCAGGCCUCCAACAUCUCCUGCCUGGUCCACAUGAUCUCCAAGACCUACGUGGACAUCUCCACCAACUUCCUGAUGGAGCGGGUCACCCGGCUGGGCCGGCUCAUCACCCUGGACCCGGAGGAUCCGAGAUUCCUGUCGGAACGCCAGCUCCUGCAGCAGGACUGUGAGGAUGCCCGCGCGAUGAUCAUGGAGCGGGUGGUGAGCAGCCGGCAGGAGUUCGAGGGGCAGGUCCAGCAGCGGAUCGAGGCCAUCGAGUCGGACCUGAAGGCAGCGCUGCCCCCGGCCUCGGCCGAUGAGCAGCGGGACAUCGAGAGCUCCCUCCGCCAGCAGCCCCGCCACAUCUUCCAGGAGCUGUCCCGGCAGGAGGAGGAGGAGCAGUGGGCCUGAUGGAGGGGCUGUCCCAGGGGUGGGGGGGGCACGCAGGAGUUGGGGACCUGGGUGGGGGGAAGGGGAAUGGGUGCAGCUGGGGUUACAGGGAAGGGGGUUGGGAAUGUGAAUGGGUCAGUGGGGGUGGAGUUCAGGGGGUUCCCGGUCCAGGACAGAUGUUGUGAUUCUGGUCCAGGACCGAUGUGGUGUUGGGGUCUGGGACAGAUGUUGGGGUCCCUGGUCCAGGACGUGUGGCGUUGGGGUCUCCGGUCUGGGACAGAUGUUGGGGUCCCUAGUCUGGAAUAGAUGUGGUGGGGGUCCCCAGUCUGGGACAGAUGUUGCGAUCCCUGGUCCAGGACGUGUGGCAUUGGGGUCUCCAGUCUGGGACAGAUUUUGGGGUCCCUGGUCUGGGAUAGAUGUGGUGUUGGGGUCCCUGGUCUGAGACAGAUGUUGGGGUCCCUGGUACAGGACAGACAAGAUGUUGGGGUCCCCGGUCUGGGACAGAUGUUGCGAUCCCUGGUCCAGGACAGAUGUGUUGUGUUUUCCAGUCUGGGACGGAUGUUGAGGUCCCCGGCCUGGGACAGACAAGAUGUUGGGGUCUCCGGUCUGGGACAGAUGUUGGGGUCCCCGGUCUGGGACAGAUGUGGUGUUGGGGUUCCCGGUCUGGGAAGAAGCCCUCGGGAGGAGGUGCCUUUGACCCCCGAUGAGCUGACGUUGACCCCCGGUGUGGUGAAUGGGGCAGUGAGCAGUAGAAUUCGCCUCAGCCAGCUUCUGACAUCACUCCCACUCCCCUGCCCCCCUUCACCUGGAUCCACCCAUCACCUGCCGCCCCCGCCCCAUCCCUUCCCCCCACCCUUACAUCGACUACCUCCCCUCUGCCCAGAUGAAGGGUCUCGACCCGACUGCCCGUCUCCCUCCACAGAUGCUGUACUGCUGUGAGUGGGGGUGUCGCGGGUCAGAGCUCGUUACGAGAGGUCAUGGUUCGUUGUGUGAGAUGUGCAGGUCUGAGGGGUUUUAUUAUCAGUGAGGCUCUGCCCGGGGUUACAGUGCUGUACAUUGUCCAUCGUCGUGGCUUCGCUUCAAUAAACCUUGUCGUUCCGCCUCGUGCGGCUGUGUCCA